ACUUCCGGUUACUCCGGAUGUGAAGACUCCUAAGCUCCACCAUCGGCGGAGGGCCAGGGUGAAGGGAUGGCCGGGCGGACGGCGCGGCUGAUGUUGCUAGCCGGGGCAGCCGCGCUAGCCAGCGGUUCCCAGGGCGACCGCGAGCCGGUGUACCGCGACUGCGUGCUCGGGUGUGAGGAGCGGAACUGCUCGGGGGGAGCGUUGAAACACUUCCGCUCCCGGCAGCCAAUCUACAUGAGUCUAGCAGGCUGGACCUGUCGGGAUGACUGUAAGUAUGAGUGUAUGUGGGUCACCGUUGGCCUGUACCUCCAGGAAGGUCACGACGUGCCUCAGUUCCAUGGCAAGUGGCCCUUUUCCCGGUUCCUGUUCUUCCAAGAGCCAGCUUCUGCUGUGGCCUCUUUCCUCAAUGGCCUGGCCAGCCUGGUGAUGCUCUGUCGCUACCGCACGUCUGUACCAGCCUCCUCUCCUAUGUACCCCACCUGUGUGGCCUUCGCCUGGGUCUCCCUCAAUGCUUGGUUCUGGUCUACAGUCUUCCACACCAGGGACACGGACCUCACUGAGAAAAUGGACUACUUCUGUGCCUCCGCCGUCAUCCUGCACUCAAUCUAUCUGUGCUGUGUCAGGACCGUGGGACUGCAGCGCCCGACUGUGGCCAGUACCUUCCGGGUUGUCCUGCUGCUAAUGCUGACGGCGCAUGUCUCCUACCUGAGCCUCGUCCGCUUCGACUAUGGCUACAAUCUGGUGGCUAAUGUGGCUAUUGGCCUGGCGAACUUGGUGUGGUGGCUGACCUGGUGCCUGCGGAACCAGCGUCUGCCUCAUGUGCACAAGUGCAUGGCAGUGGUGCUGCUGCUACAGGGGCUGUCCCUGCUGGAGCUGCUGGACUUCCCACCUCUCUUCUGGGUCCUGGAUGCCCAUGCCAUCUGGCACAUCAGUACCAUCCCCGUCCAUGUCCUCUUUUUCAGCUUUCUGGAAGAUGACAGCCUGUACCUGCUGAAGGAAUCAGAGGCCAAGCUCAAGCUGGAUUGAAGGCCCUGGGAGCGAGUCUGCUCUGUUAGGGACUCUGCCCCCUCCCUGCUGGCUCCCCUUUUCCCCCCGGUCUUUGAGAGGAUUUAUUUUUUCCCUUUUGCAUCUUGAACUUGGAUAUGAAGGAUGUGGGCCCAGAAUCAUGUAACCUGCCCACUCCCUUGGUCGCCCCCACGUGGCCCUCACAGGUCUUGGCGUCUGUUCAGGCCUGGCCUCUGAGCACCUGGGGCUAGGGAAUGGGCAGCCCCUCUGGUUCCUGAGCUGAACUGGGAUAGAACUGUGUUCUUAGCUCCACCGAGAAGAAGACAGCUGCCUCUGCCUCCCCAUUAGCUUCCUCUUCACUGCCUAGGUGGUUCCCCUAGCCUUCUGUCUAGCUGGGAGACAGGGUACCAGGACUUCAGGGAUGCAGUGGGGUCCCCUUUUGUGACACCACCCUCCCCUGUGCCCUCCUCUAGGGACCACUAGGUGGCACUAGAUGCUUGCUCUUUGGCUGCCCCUGUUUCAAGGAAGCUCUCAUCCCCCAUGAGAUUUUGAGGGACCAAGCUGUUGGGAUUGGGGAUCAGUCUCAUGCUGACGAUUGCCCUGGCCAGACCCCAAGAGGCCACACUCUCCAUUCGGGGCCAGGACCCCAGAGAGCACAGGACAGGAAUCCCUCCGUGUUGCUGUCCUGGUUGGGAGCCUGCACACAAAUGUGUACAGGCGUGUGGACCAGACCAAGUGCAUAGGUGAUGGGGCGGUGGGCCCAGGCCUGGGUGUGUGGGAGCCUGGGCCUGCUCCAGUAUAGAGAGUGGCUUUAAAGUGUGUGUGUUGGGGGGCAGGUGGGUUAGUGUGGGUUACGGGAAUGAGGGUAAGAUGAGCGUUAGCGCAGGUGAGUGUGCCACACAGUGGGGGGCAUUGGAGCAGGAUGGGGGAGUCAAGUCACAAUCAACAACCAUUUAUUGAGCACCAACUGCACAAAGCCCUAGGCCAGGCAGAAAGCCAGGAUAUCCCCAAGACCUGGGUGGGAAUAUGGGCGUCUAGGCUGCACGUGUGUGUAUGUGUUUCUGUCUGUUGCCCCCCCACACCCUUUGCAAACCACGUAGGGCCCACACACAACUCAAGAUCACCUUCUAGAACCAGCCACUUGGGAGGCAGAGGAAGGAAAAUGGGGAUCCUCUGGGCCCCUCCAGUCUCCCUGUCUCCUCCCCCACCCCAGUGUCCUGCUUGUUAAACCCCUUUGCCAAAGCCUGGACCCUGGGGAAGGGGACGGGCAAUCUGAGGGAUUAGGGGAAAAGGCGUAUGGUUAGGUCUGGUUUCCAGCCUUCCCAAAGGCAGGCAGGGGCCGCUCUGUGUCUGUACCCUGGUAAAGGUGACCCCUGCCAGUUGCUGGCAGCCCCGGGGUAGAAUGUGGAGCUCCAGGAACUUUCCAUCCGAAGGCAGUCUCCGUCACUGGAGCGGGGAGUCUGGGUUCUUGUCCUCCCCCUGCCGCCUUGGCCCUUCCUGGGGUAGGGGCACUACGCUAAGACUCCAACUGAAGGGACUUGGGUGGCCUGUGUUUAUUUCUUUUGAUACUGAGAACCAUUUUAAGAUUGGAAGGUAGCAAGGGACAUUCUUAAUAAACCAAUUUUCAGCCUCA